AUGGCAACCAAGAGGGACGGCGAGAAAUACUUGGGGCACGAGUUGCACGUGCCACUGUCACAGGACGGGCAGGUGAUGGCCUACGUGUGGCCGGUGCGGGCGCUCAACGUUCGCGGCUCGUGGUGCGGCGGCCCGACCAUCGGCAUUGACGUGGGCAACGAGGAGAUCAUCCGCUUCGACUGCCACGACCGGCCCGGCCACUGGCACGGCGGCGGCUACGACAAGGGAGGCUCCCCCGGCGCCUCUCACCGGGACUUCCCCAAGGACAUCGUCGCGGUGGCCGACCAGGUGGACUGGUCGCUGCAGCAGGUGAGCGAGCGCACCUCGGAGCUUCUCGCGGAGGCCGACCACGGCGAGGCAGCCGAGGCCGUUGAUGCCGCGAUGCUGCAGGAAGCAGUCGGACUGAUUCGCAACCACCUGAAGCAGCAGGGCCACCUGCGCGACGAGGCCAUCAGCGCUGGGAUUAUCGAGGCGUAA